AUGGAUAAGACAUGUAUAAUGUUGGAAAUACAUGACAGAAUAUUAUUUCCUGAUAUUUUUCAUGAGUUUAAUUUUGUUAGAAGUAGAGCAUUUCCUCAUUUUAAAAAAUAAAAAUGGGAUUGGACUUGGACUUUAGAUUAAGAUUAACGAGAACGAAUGGGAGCAAUUCUAGAUGAUCGUGAUCCUUAUGAUUAAAACCAGGCUCUAUUUUCAUUAGCAAUGUUAACAAAAAAACAGUUGUCAAGUGUAAAAGUAUCGAACAAUUUAAGGAUUGUAGUUGUUGGAGCAUCAGAUACAGGAUUAUCUUUUAUUGAAUCUUUAUUAACUAUAAAAGAUAUCAAUUUUACCAAUAUAAUUUUAUUAGCUCCUGGAGGAUUAUUAACAAUGCAGAUAAAACAUGAAUUCGAAAGGUUAAAAGCAAUGAGUACAAAUUAUACACUUGAAGAAUUGAGAACAUUAAUGUUAAAUGCAAGAGUUUUAAGUUGUAGAUGCUAAGAUGGUUAAAUUAGAUAAAAAAGGAAAUAGAAUAAAGAUUGA